AUGGGCGCAGCGGCGGCAGGUGCGGAGGUGGGGUGUGGCGGCGGCGGCCUGUCGAGGCGCGGCGGCGGCGACUACCUAGGCCCCGCACACCACUCCUCCUUCUGGAUCUCGACGCGCCGCCGCCCCCAACCCCACUCCCUCCCUCUGGAUCUCGACGCGCCGCCGCCCCCACCCCACUGCUCAGAUCUCAGUCAUCUGACAUCUGCUCCCGUCCUGUCCUCUUCCCCCGAAGCAGCAACGUCGCUCCUCUCCGCCCGGAUCGCGUUGGUCGCCGCCGCCGUCGCCGCCGACUCCAAGAUCGACAACCUCUGUGACGCCGUCGCCAAGCUCGGCGAGAUCAGCGAGAACGAGAAGGCCGGGUUCAUCAGCCUCGUCUCGCGCUACCUCAGCGGCGAGGCGGAGCAGAUCGAGUGGAGCAAGAUCCAGACCCCCACCGAUGAGGUGGUGGUGCCCUACGACACCCUCGCGCCCCCUCCCGAAGAUCUCGACGCCAUGAAGGCCCUGCUCGACAAGCUCGUGGUGCUCAAGCUCAACGGAGGCCUCGGCACCACCAUGGGCUGCACCGGCACCAAGUGAGCACCCCACCCCACCCAUCCUCUUCACUGCUCCAGAUCAAUUGAUUCACCUUGCA